AUGUCACUUUAUCACUCCGAACCGGGAAAACUGAUCGGAUUGAUCGGAGAUGAGGACACUUGCGUCGGUUUCUUGUUGGGUGGAAUAGGCGAGAUUAACAAGAAGAGAGAGCGCAACUUCUUCGUCGUAAAUAAGAAUACUACUCCAUCAGACAUCGAGGAGUGCUUCAGGAAAUUCCUGAAGAGGACCGACAUGGACAUCAUCAUGAUAGCUCAGAAUUACGCAGAUAUGAUCAGACACCUGAUCGAAAUACAGACGGAGCCCAUCCCGACAAUCCUCGAGAUUCCAUCCAAACAGUGUCCUUACGAAUCCGCCAAGGAUUCAAUUUUGAACAGAGCCAGAGGGAUGUUCUGCCCCGAUGAUAAUACUCUUUACUAA